GCUGCGGUCAGCUGAGCGGCGCCCGGCGGGUCGCGAGGGCGCGCGUCACCGUCCGGCUGCCCGGUCGCCGCCCCCCCGGCCGGUCCUUGGCAGGCGUCGGCAUCCAGAGCUCUGGUACUGGGACAAGAUGCCAAUGAAGCAGUGACCUGAGAGGAGCGGAUCCCGGAGGUCGGACCCGUUGCCAUGUCCCAUCAACCUCUGAGCUGCCUGACUGAGAAGGGGGACAGCCCCUGUGAGACCCCAGGAAAUGGACCCCCCAGUAUGGUUCAUCCCAGCCUGGACACAUUCACUCCUGAGGAGCUGGUGCAGCAAAUGAAGGAGCUCCUGGUUGAGAACCACCAGCUGAAAGAAGCCAUAAAGCUAAAUAAUCAGGUCAUGAAAGGACGAUUUGAGGAGCUUUCAGCCUGGACAGAGAAGCAGAAGGAAGAACGCCAGAUGUUUGAGACACAGAGCAAAGAAGCUAAGGAGCACCUGACAGCCUUGAGUCAAGAAAAUGAGAGACUGAAGGACGAGCUUGAGAAACUAAGAGAGAAGUCAGAAAGGCUGUUUGAAGGUUCCAUAGAUGUCUCCGGGCUUCCCAGGGCAAAACUGGAGCAGGAAGUAGAGCAGUUGAAGGCCCAGGUGAUGCGCCUUCAAGCUGAAAAAGCAGACCUGCUGGGCAUCGUCUCAGAACUACAGCUCAAGCUCAACUCCAGUGGCUUCUCGGAAGAUUCCUUUGUUGAGAUCAGGAUGGCUGAAGGAGAAGCUGAAGGGGCAGUGAAGGAACUAAAGAACAGUCCUGUACCUACAAGACCAGACUUCUUCAACAUGACCAAAUCUACAGAAGAUGCCAGGACAUGUAUGGAGUUUGAGGAAUUAACUGUGAGCCAACUCCUGCUCUGCCUAAGGGAAGGAAACCAAAAGGUAGAAAGACUUGAAUUUGCCCUCAGAGAAGCCAAAGAAAGAAUUUCAGAGUUUGAAAAGAAAGCAAAUAACCGUUCUGAGAUUGAGACCCAGACAGAGGGGAGCAGAGAAGAGGGUGAAGAGGACAAAGACCCAGAAAGUGUUGGAAGCGAAGUGGAAAUACUGAAUGUUCGAGUAACAUCUCUGUUUAAGGAGCUUCAAGAGGCACACACGAAACUCAGUGAGGCUGAGCUAAUGAAGAAGAGACUUCAAGAAAAGUGCCAGGCUCUGGAGAGGAAAAACUCGGCCACCCCAUCAGAGCUGACGGAGAAGCAAGAGCUCGUGUAUAACAACAAGAAGUUAGAGCUGCAGGUGGAAAGCAUGCGCGCUGAAAUCAAGAUGGAGCAAGCCAAGACGGAGGAUGAAAAAUCCAGGUUAGCCACUCUGCAGUCAACACACAACAAACUUCUUCAGGAACAUAACAAUGCACUGAAAACAAUUGAGGAGCUAACCAGAAAACAGGCAGAAAAGGUGGACAAGAUGAUGCUGCAAGAACUUCAUGAAAAGCUGGAGCUGGCAGAGCGGGCUUUGGCAUCCAAGCAGCUUCAGAUGGACAAGAUGAAACAGACCAUUGCUAAGCAGGAGGAGGACCUGGAAACCAUGGCUGUCCUCAGGACUCAGAUGGAGGUGUACUGCUCAGAUUUUCAUGCUGAGAGAGCAGCAAGAGAGAAGAUUCAUGAAGAAAAGGAGCAGCUGGCCCUGCAGCUGGCGAUUUUGCUGAAAGAGAACAAUGACUUUGAGGAUGGAGGCAGUAGGCAGUCCUUGAUGGAAAUGCAGAGCCGGCAUGGGGCAAGAACCAGUGACUCUGACCAGCAAGCUUACCUGCUUCAAAGAGGAGCCGAGGACAUGAGCUGGAGACAGCAGCAGCCACGGAGUCUUCCGAUUCACUCGUGCCCCAAAUGUGGAGAAGUUCUGCCGGACAUGGACACGCUACAGAUCCAUGUCAUGGACUGCAUCAUUUGACUGUUGUUUCAGCUCCCCAAAACUGUUGGUAAAUGCCACAUUUUCUCCUCCAAGACUUGGACUUCUGUCUUAUUUGUUGUCACACAAAUCUUUUUGCCACAUUAUCCUUAUUUCAGGAGAAAAAAAAUGUACCCAUUCUAAGGAGAGCAUCUUCUGGACUGACAGGAAUCUAGUAGUAGAUUCUAGUACCACCCUUCCAGUAGGAGAUCUGUGUUUUUGUGUUUACUUCUAAGACUUACUGAGAGCAGUCAGCCAGAAUGCCGUGUGUUUCGAAUGACAUAUGUUAAGAAUCUUUAUGUGGCAGGAAGAUGAAAUGGUAAGGAAACGUGUCUGGAGUGUUUUUCUAGGCAAGUCUUCACCUGCAGGUGCUUUGUUGUUUUAUGUGUAAUUAUUUGGCUCUCUGCCUGAACACUGAGCUUUCUAUGGCUAUCGGGCCAGAUGAGGGCUGGGAAUGUGGCUCAGGAGUGGAGUGCUUCCCUACAGCUGGACAGUGUGAGGGUACCGUCGGUCUUUUUUGUGCUGGAGGUAUAUGGGCUAGUACAGCACACAGUAUAAUUUUAAACAGAACAGCUAUUUCCUUCCCAGAUGAAGUAGAGGCUUACAAACAUCAGUUAUUACAAAAUAAAAUUUCACUACAAGUCUGUCCCAUGGCUCAUAUAUGGCCAGUGACAUUGUAGAAUGUAUGUUCUGUAUUAAGCUCAUUUAACUUAAUAUAAUCUCAACACUGAGAUGCUUUAUUCAUGUAAACAGGAGCAUGUCCUUUCAUAGAGGGCCAGUACAUGUUCAGAUGAGAUCCCUGCUAUCAUAGAGGGCCAGUACAUGUUCAGACGAGAUCCCUGCUAAGCUGGUGAACAGAGUCAGGCAUGUGGCGCAGAGCACACCUGCAAUUCCAGCACAUGGGAAACCAAGACUGGAGAUCCCCAGCUCAUGGCCAGCCAGGACUACACAGAAUAAACAGGGAUUUGCCAUGCUUUCUGUCUAAAAGGCUAGCAAGAGCUAAACGAGUCACAAAAGUGAACUAGUAUCAACUCCUAAAACAUUUAAGAGAAAAUGAGAAGGUCUGCUUUGUUGCUGUUCACCAUAAGACCACUGGUUAAAUACAGUGUGUAUUUAAAUAGAAUCAAAACAGUUGAUUCAUUGCAAGGGAACUUACUGUCCAAGUCACAGUUAUCUCCAUGGCUGUACUCCAGACAAUACAACACUAUACUGGUUCAGCAGUAGGUAGUUACAGUUAUCUCCAUGGCUGUACUCCAGACAAUACAACACUAUACUGGUUCAGCAGUAGGUAGGUUUGAUUCCCCCACUUGCACCCUAAGGAACAAUGUUUGUUAAUGAUAUUUCUAAAAUGACUAUGACAUUUUUUUCUCUUCUUAUAUUUUCUGGUACAAAUUUCUUUCCUAUUUUAUACUGGAUAAAGUAGAUUUCUAUAGUAUCACAGACAGAGGAGAAAAUCUUUCUCAAUGAAAUUACUGGGAAAAUCCUUUCAUUUUGUUCAAGUAUCGUUAUCUGAUAAAUCCAAACUGUGAAAUGAGAACUCAAUGGUCUUAAUAAGACUAUGGCCGUUACAUUUGUUUGAUCAUGAAGAGGAUUACAAAUGAGGGCAAGUUCAAAUUAAGACAAUUAGAAAACUGUCUGUAUACCAUCUUCAUAGCAGCAUUUUCUGCAGUAGCUAGAAUACAGCACAACCUAGGUGCCAUUCAUAGACAAAGAAAAUGUGAUAUACAUAUAUACUGAAGUAGCCGUCAGCCUUUAAAAAGAAGGGACUCUUAUAACUUCAAGAGAUAAGCCUGGAAGACAUCAUGGCAAGUGAAAUAAGCCAGUCAUAAAUACCACAUGACCUCACUUGUAUGUGAACUCUGAAAAAUGAACUCAUAGAUGUUGAGAGCUGAGUGGUGGCCAGCGGCACAUGAGGGAAGGCGUGGGAAGGGAGAGCAGAGGCUGAUCUAAGGGCACAAUAUCUUAGGAGGGAUGAGCCACAGUCAUCUCUGUACAGAAUAGUGACUGCAGUAAUUUCUAUAUUAAGGCUGUGUGGUUUUAAGGGAAUUGCCGGUUUAGUAAACAACUUGUAAAUGC